AUGUUCCACCGCGAGCUCCCUUUCUACGAGCAUUUAACACCCUACAUCUCGAAUAGUUCCCAUAUCGGGCGGAAAAAUAUUCGCAAAUUCCACGAGUCUUUCACUGUCACUGGUCCAGAUGGUACACACAUCGUGCUGGUCUUGGAACCCGGCCAUAUAGGUCUGUACGACUUUCAAAGAGGCAUGCCAAACCAGCGGCUCCCUGAAGAGAUGGUGAAAGCGAUCCUCGUUGAGGUACUCCAGGCGCUGGAUUUUCUGCAUACUGAGUGCGAGGCUAUUCAUGCUGAUCUCCAUCCUGGUAACUUACUAGCCUGUGCUGACGAAGACGAAAAUGACAUAUUCCAAGUUAUGGAUGAUCAUGAGAAGGAAUCACCGUCGACUCGCAAACAGGUCUCAGAGAUUCGAACAAUAUACGCUUCGCGAGCACUUAUCCCUAAAGAGGGUCCUCUGAAACUUUCUGAUUUCGGGGAAUCGAGGAUUGGACCGGGCCCGUAUGAAUAUAAAGCACUGCCUAUGGUAUAUCGUGCUCCGGAGAUUAUGAUUGAGGUGCCGUGGAGUUAUCCUGUUGAUAUUUGGUGUGUUGGUAUGACGGCAAUUGAUCUCCUCGGGUUCGACGGAAUGUUCAAUGCUAACGAGAACGCCGGUGACCUCUAUGAGGCAACUCAUCUCGCUGAAAUCAUUUCUGUUCUGUAUCCACCGCCUGCUGAGUUCCUUGCGCUGAACCCUGAUAUCGCUGCUAGUUUCUGGGAUGAAACUGGUAUGUUCCCUUUUUUGGUCAUUUCUGUGUUAUGCGACGAAAUGCUGAUAGUUGUCUCUCCAGGAAAGUGGAAGGGUAUUGUACCCAUACCUGAAAAGAGUCAGAUGGGUCUACCUCUUGGUUUUGUCAAGUUCCUACGAAGAACUUUGACUUGGAUGCCAGGUGAGAGGGCAACAGCUAAAGAGCUCUUAGAGGAUCCUUGGCUGAAAGGUUGA